CUCCUUUGGUCCCCCCCCUUGAGACUUUGCUCGAAACGUCUCACUGCUGCCGGGUUUCGGCCGCUCGAUUUCAUCCCCGAUCGAGCAGAAGGCGCGCGCUUUCGGCUUUGAGAAAAGAAAAAAAAAAAUCAACAUACAGCGAGAAAGAAUUUUUUUUUUGGUCUUAUUCUCACACAUUGCGACGCCCAGCGCAGAAGAAACCUCAUCGGAAGAGCUGCAGAGCCAGUGAGCGACGGCGAGAGUGAAAGGAGGAGGAGUGUGUGAGAGAGAGAAAAAAAAAAGGGAGGCAAGCGCGACCCUCGGCGAGUGGCACAGCAAAUUCUCGUCAGCGCCGCACGCACGCCAAGCGCAAGUGGCCACAGCAGGAGAGGCGUUUUGCCGCCGCUCGUGGCCAUGGCUCAGGGCUCCGACAGCAACGACGCAAGCUACAGGUCGCCGUCGCCCGCCGGAGGCAGGCAGAGCUCGUCGGACGACGUGAAGAAGGUGAUGCGGCGGGAGAAGAACCGCAUCGCGGCGCAGAAGAGCCGAAUGAGGCAAACUCAGAAGGCCGACAGCCUGCACCUGGAGAGCGAGAGCCUGGAGAAGGAGAACGCGGCACUGAGGAAGGAGGUGAAGCAGCUGACGGAAGAGGCCAAGUUCCUGUCAUCGGUGCUGAGCAGCCACGAGCCGCAGUGCGCGGGCCUGGCCCCGACCUCGCCGGACCUCCCGUAUCCGCCUCACCGCCACCACCGCCACCACGCCGGCUACCACCAGCACAUCGCCGUGCCACACUACCAACACUGACCUCACCCCGGCGGGAAAAUCGCCAGCCGUGGCAUCACGUCGGCACCCUUGGGACCCCCCCUUUAUUCUCCAAACGCUGGCAAAGUUAGCUAACCGUAACCGGCGUAGCUCAUUGCGUGCGCUCCGUUGAAACUCUGUCGACCCACCGAGCGGUCUUUGUUUACAUGCUGAGAAAGAACCCUGGCCCAUGAUUCAUUUGUACGUUUCCUGUUUGUUUGAUUAUUUUCGGGGGGUCACGAAGGCCACUUUGCGGCUGCGUCAAUCGGACCCCUCACAAGCUCAGGCCAUGUAUUUCAAUGUUUUUGGGACCGAUUUGAUUGUUUGACAAAGCGAAUGUAAAGUCGAACCAAAGUUUGACGAAAGGAGAUAUUUAUUAAAUGUGGAAAUGCCUUGUGA